GGACACAAUCUUCCCGUGGUCCAUCGUCCCGAUAGAAGAGAUUUACUGACCUACUUAGGAUCGGAAACUGCAACUUCCGCGAGCAUUGAUAAAAGCUUGCCUUUGGAACGGCCGACUCAGCUGAAGCGUGUGGCGGAGCACGAAAAUGAAAUCCAUCCGAUGAAGAAACCCCGUUUGGAAGACGGGGAUAUGGAACGGAUGCGACAAAAAAUGGCUGCUCGUUUGGAUGGACCAAAGGAGCAGUCUGUAACGUUGGAUAACAUAACACAAUCACUGGUGGANGCCGCCCUUCGUGCCAAGCGUAUUGCCAUGAAAAAGCAGACAAUCACUGGUGGAGCAGAAGAUCUGGACUCAUUUUCUGGAGCUGGAGAAUCUGACCAAUUCAUGCGUUCAGUGUAUGAGUUGGAUGUAAAUACAUCGAAGGCUAUCCUUGCCCGGGAAAGACAGUGGAGAACGAGGACUACGGUUCUCCAAGCGUCGGGAAAAAAUUUUGCCAGGUCAAUUCUUGCCCUCUUGCACGGAAUCAAACUCAAAGAGGAAGGAAAAGUACAUCCAGUCGAACACGUUGCGCCGACUCCGCGACCAGCAUAUCGGCCAGCUCCAACUCCUGCUAAUACUGCCUAUGAUCAGUCAUACGAUCGUUAUGCCCAGGAAAAGUUCAACAAGAAAGCGACUGCUGGAUUCAAGAUCAACACGAUGGCAUCGUUUGCUGGGAAAACCUUGAAAUCAGUAGCAGAGGGAAAUGUGCAGAAGCAGCCGAAUCCUGUUGCGACGUCG